UUGCCCGUCCCGGGCAACACUUAGGCCACCACUGGUGCACGAGAUCUAAUCCUUAAGCCCAAAGCAACCCAAAAACUAGCUGUAACGAUGCCGCGCACCACCCGACGGCGCGUGCGGGCGGCCGCCUCGGCGGCGGGCAGCACACCCUACAACAUCCUGCCCACCGACGACCACCACGCCGAGCACCCGUCGCUCCGCUUCCCGGAGGUGCGGGCUGCCGCCGCGGCGCUCCAGGCGGCGGUGGGUGGCCUCCGCCCGCCGCCCUACUCUCGCUCUCGGUGGGGCGCGGACAAGGACCUCAUGGACUGGCUCGGCGCCUUCUUCGGCUUCCAGCGGGACAACGUGCGGAACCAGCGGGAGCACCUGCUGCUCCUCCUGGCCAACGCGCAAAUGCGGGUCUCCUCCUCCGCGGACGCACUCGAGCCCCGCGUCGCGCGCUCCCUGCGCCUGAAGCUCCUCCGCAACUACACCUCGUGGUGCCGCUUCCUCGGCCGCCGGCCCAACGUCUUCGUUCCCGACGCGGCUGAGGACCCCCGCACCGACCUGCUCUUCACGGGGCUGCACCUCCUGGUAUGGGGCGAGGCCGCCAACCUCCGCUUCAUGCCGGAGUGCCUCUGCUACAUCUACCACCACAUGGCGCUGGAGCUGCAUCGAAUCCUGGAGGGCUACGUCGACGACAAGGGCCGUCCUGCCAACCCCGCCGUGCACGGCGAGAACGCCUUCCUCGCCCGCGUCGUCGCGCCCAUCUACGGUGUCAUCCGCGCCGAGGUCGAGUCCAGCCGCAACGGCACCGCGGCGCACGCUGACUGGCGCAACUACGACGACAUCAACGAGUACUUCUGGCGCCGCGACGUGUUCGACCGCCUAGGCUGGCCCAUGGAUCGGUCGCAGCACUUGUUCCGCACGCAGCCGGACACGGACCGCAAGACGGGCUUCGUCGAGGUCCGCUCGUUCUGGAGCAUCUUCCGGAGCUUCGACAGGCUGUGGGUGAUGCUGGUGCUCUACCUGCAGGCCGCGGUGAUCGUGGCAUGGGACGGUGCGAGUGCGACGUGGCCGUGGCAAAGUCUGAGGUCGCACCGUGGGGUCCAGGUGCACGCGCUAACCAUUUUCAUCACCUGGGCUGGGCUACGCUUCCUGCAGGCGCUGCUGGAGAUUGCGACGCAGUUUCGCCGUGCCUCGAGGGACAGGGACAGGGACGGCCGCAUCCUUGCCGUGCGCAUGGGGCUCAAGGCCAUCGUGGCAGCCGGGUGGGUCCUCACAUUUUCCCUCCUGUACAAGGGAAUCUGGAGCCAGAGGGACAGGGAUCAGAGCUGGUCGCCGGCGACUGACGCACGAAUUAUGAGGUUUCUAUAUGCAGCUGCAGUGUUCGUGCUCCCUGCGGCCCUUGCCAUGGUGCUCUUGGUUUUCCCCUGUCUGCGGAAGGCAUUGGAGAAGACAAACUGGAAAAUCUGUUACGCUCUCACCUGGUGGUUCCACAGCCGCAUCUACGUUGGCCGUGGGCUCAGGGAGAGCACCUUUGACAGUGUGAGAUACUCAGCCUUCUGGAUACUUGUGCUUGCUGUCAAGUUCUCCUUCAGUUAUUUCCUCCAGAUCAGGCCACUGGUGGCACCCACCAAAGAGAUAUACGGCCUGAGUACGGCCGCAUAUGCUUCUUGGCAUGAGUUCUUUAGCCAGAGGAACCCAUUUGCUGUGCUCUUACUGUGGUUCCCGGUGGUUUUGAUCUACCUCAUGGAUAUACAGAUCUGGUAUGGCAUCUUCUCUUCUCUGGCUGGCGCCUGGAUGGGGCUUUUCUUGCACCUUGGGGAGAUCCGGGACAUGGAGCAGCUGCGACUCCGGUUCCAGUUCUUUGCAAGUGCCAUGUCAUUCAACAUCAUGCCGGAGGAGCAGCAUGAGAAUGGGCCCAACAGCAUUCUCAGGAAGUUUCGGAAUUGCUGCCAUCGGUUGCGGCUACGGCACGGCCUAUUCCAAGGCCGAUCCUUCAGGAGGAUCUCUCUCGAGUCAAACAAGGUAGAGGAGCGAAGAUUUGCGCUCGUCUGGAAUGAGAUAAUCGCCAAGUUCCGGGAAGAGGACAUUGUGAGCGAUCGUGAGGUUGAGCUUCUUACGCUGCUACCCGCGCAACCCAAUGUGCGUGUGAUCCGCUGGCCGUGCUUCUUGCUCUUCAACGAGCUGUCUCUUGCACUUGGUCAGGCAAAGGAGUCUCAGGGAUCUGAUCGCAGGCUCUGGAGCAAGAUCUGCAAGAACGAUUAUCGCCGUUGUGCUGUUAUUGAGGCAUAUGAUAGCACAAAAUACUUGCUGCUAAAGAUCAUCAAGAACAGAACCGAGGAACAUGCCAUCGUGACAAGGUUGUUCCGUGACUUCGACGAAUCCAUGGAGAAGGAGCUGUUCACAGUCAAGCAUAACAUGUCCGUGCUGCAAAAUAUCCAUGCAGAGCUCGUAGCUUUAUUAAGCCUGCUUCUCGAGCCCAACAAGGAUACCACUACCAGCAAGAUUGUCAAUGCGCUUCAGACCCUCUAUGAUGUUGUGGUUCGUGACUUCAGGACUGGGAUAAGAAGCACGGAACAGCUGAGGAACUCAAGGCCUACCAACCUUCUUUUCGUAGGCAAUAUCGUGCUGCCUCAUGAGGAGAAUGGCAGCUUCUAUAAGCAGGUGCGCCGCAUUCACACCAUCCUUACCUCAAGGGACCAUAUGAUCCAUGUCCCAAAGAAUCUUGGAGCUCGCCGAAGGAUUGCCUUCUUCAGCAACUCAUUGUUCAUGGACAUGCCACGAGCAACCAAGGUAGACAAGAUGAUGGCCUUGAGUGUCUUGACACCAUACUAUGAUGAAGAGGUCUUGUACACCAAGGACCAGCUCUAUAAGGAGAAUGAAGAUGGUAUCUCGAUAUUAUACUAUCUGCAACAGAUCUACCCGGAUGAGUGGGAGUUCUUUAUCGAGCGGAUGGAGCGGGAGGGGAUGUGUGAUAACAAGGAGCUGUACAUCGAGAAGCAAAGGUUAAGAGACCUCCGGCAGUGGGUCUCGUACAGGGGACAGACGCUCUCACGUACCGUGAGGGGGAUGAUGUAUUACUAUGAAGCUCUCAAGAUGCUGACUUUUCUUGAAUCCGCAUCUGAGCGUCGAUUGAUUACUGGAUCGAGGAAGAUCUCUUCAAGACCAGGUUGGGCUUCUUCAAGCAGCGCAUCUUCUUCACGUGCAGCACCACUGAGACUGAGCAGAGCAAGUAGUGGGGUUGGUGUGAGCUCCUUGUUUAAAGGUAGCGAGUAUCGGACUGCCCUUAUGAAAUACACUUAUGUGGUUGCAUGCCAACUUUAUGGCCAACAGAAAUCUCGAAAUGACCCCCAUGCCGUUGAGAUAUUGGAGCUAAUGAAGAAGCACGAGGCACUGCGCGUCGCUUAUGUCGAUGAAAAGCAAUCCAGCGGUGGUGAAACAGAGUACUUCUCUGUCCUUGUGAAAUACGACCAACUGUUUCAGCGGGAGGUCGAGAUCUACCGGGUUAAGCUGCCUGGACCCAUGAAGCUUGGUGAAGGCAAGCCAGAGAACCAGAACCAUGCACUCAUCUUCACGAGGGGUGAUGCCGUUCAGACCAUCGACAUGAACCAAGACAACUACUUUGAAGAAGCUCUUAAGAUGAGAAACCUGCUUGAAGAGUUCAAUCGCUAUAGCAAGCCAAAUAUCCUUGGAGUUCGGGAGCAUGUGUUCACCGGUUCUGUGUCUUCUCUAGCUUGGUUUAUGUCUGCUCAAGAAACAUGUUUCGUCACUCUGAGCCAGCGCGUUCUUGCUAAUCUACUCAAGGUUAGAAUGCAUUAUGGCCACCCGGAUGUGUUUGACCGCCUCUGGUUCUUGGGCCGAGGUGGCAUCAGUAAAGCAUCGAAAGCAAUCAACAUCAGUGAGGAUAUAUUUGCUGGAUUUAACUGUACUCUCCGUGGGGGCAAUGUUACACACCAUGAAUAUAUCCAGGUUGGUAAAGGAAGGGACGUUGGGCUCAAUCAGAUUUCCAUGUUUGAAGCCAAGGUUGCUGGUGGCAACGGGGAGCAAACUCUAAGCAGAGAUGUCUACAGACUAGGCCACGGAUUGGAUUUCUUCCGGAUGCUCUCAUUCUUUUAUACAACCAUUGGAUUUUAUCUCAACACCAUGAUGGUUGUGCUAACUGUCUAUGCAUUUGUGUGGGGGCGCUUUUAUCUUGCACUCAGUGGGCUCGAGGACUACAUCACAAACAACACUAGCUCUACUGAUAAUGCAGCCCUGUGGGCUGUCCUGAACCAGCAAUUUUUCAUACAGUUUGGCCUCUUCACAGCAUUGCCCAUGAUUAUUGAGAACUCCCUAGAGCAUGGUUUCCUCAUUGCGGUGUGGGAUUUCAUAGUAAUGCAAUUGCAGUGUGCAUCUGUUUUCUACACCUUCUGCAUGGGGACCAAGACACACUAUUAUGGGCGGACACUCCUUCAUGGAGGCGCAAAGUACCGUCCUACUGGCCGUGGCUUCGUGGUGGAGCACAAGAAAUUUGCUGAGAACUAUAGGCUGUACGCCCGUAGCCAUUUCACGAAAGCAAUAGAGCUUGGUGUGAUAUUGUGUCUUUAUUCAUCUUAUAGCAACAUCGCAGGGGAUACAUUGGUGUACAUCCUGCUGACACUUUCCAGUUGGUUCCUAGUAUGCUCCUGGAUUCUUGCCCCCUUCAUUUUCAAUCCAUCAGGUUUGGACUGGCAGAAGAAUUCUAAUGAUUUUGAGGAUUUCUUCAGUUGGAUUUGGUUCCAGGGCGGAAUUUCGGUCAAGUCUGAUCAGAGCUGGGAGAAGUGGUGGGAAGAGGAAACCGACCAUCUUCGGACCACUGGUCUGUGGGGGAGCAUCAUUGAGAUCAUACUGGACCUCCGGUAUUUCUUCUUCCAGUAUGCAAUUGUGUAUCGGCUUCACAUGGCCGGUGGGAGUAGAAGCAUCCUUGUCUAUGUUCUAUCCUGGGCAUGCAUACCGUUGCCUUUUCUGGCUCUUGUCACGGUUACCUAUUUCAGAGACAAAUAUUCAGCAAAGAAGCACAUUCGCUACCGGCUUGUCCAGUCUGUUAUUGUUUGUGCCUCUUUGGCUGCUAUCAUUGUGCUGCUUACACUCACAAAGUUCCAGUUCAUUGACACUUUUACUAGUCUCUUGGCUUUUCUACCAACUGGCUGGGGAAUCAUAUCCAUUGCUCUGGUGUUCAGGCAGUACCUGAAGAAGUCUGACACUGUUUGGAAAACUGUGGUUGUUGUGGCACGUUUUUAUGACAUAACAUUGGGAUUAAUCGUUAUGGCACCCAUAGUUGUGCUGUCAUGGUUGCCUGGACUCCGGGAAUUGCAGACGAGGAUCCUGUUUAAUGAAGCUUUCAGCAAGGGACUUCAUAUUUCCCAAAUGAUUACUCGCAGAAAAACGCAUCGAGCUUAGGGUUAUCUGUAUGUGUAUCAGGUGGUUGUGAUCUUGGUGUGCUUUGCAAUGUCAGGAGAUCCGAGAGGGGCAUCACGUCAGCAUGUAUGUUGUUGGGGGUUGUGACUCCAAGCACAGAUGCAUGGCCGGACGGUUGUGACUCCAAGCACAGAUGCAUGGCUGGCAAGCAAAUCCAGACCGUUGCAGGCGGUUUGAGGGUCCGUUUUGGAGAUGCCCUAAAUAAGUGAGGACAAAAACAUGUAUGCUAUUCAAAUAGUCUAUGGUGUAUGUAUGCCAUGAGACAUUUAUUUCUACUCAAAUGAUUGUAUUGCAACUGCAAUUUUUAUCUGAAUGUCCUCCUACAGGAGACCAGACUAUAUUUUUCCU